CUCUGACCGUCCACAGCUCGGAACUCAGCAAGUCUCUCUCCUGCAGGCGUCUCUGCGGAGCGGCGGGCGGGGCUUGGGAAAGAUGGCGGCGCCCGUGGCUCCCGAGGAGCCCCAAACUUCCGGGGUUUCUCAGCUCCCUGUGUGUCUGCUGGUGUUGGGAAUGGCGGGAUCCGGGAAGACUACCUUUGUACAGAGGCUCACAGGACACCUGCACAACAAAGGCUCUCCACCCUAUGUGAUCAACCUGGACCCAGCUGUGCACGAAGUCCCUUUUCCUGCCAAUAUUG